GAAAACUGCUAGUGUUGGCAAGAACAAGAAGUCAAGCAAAAAGUAGACUGCGCUUCAAGACAAAGCUACGACGGUGCCCAUACGUAGGCUACCUUACGGGAGGAAAUCCCAGCUCCUGCGGAAGAAGUGGCUCUUGCAAACGCAGCCAGGACACGAGCGAAGUGGUAAUAAGUUGAGGCGAGCACCUGCUUGGAGGGGUCCAUAUCACAGCUAGAGGUGCCCUCAGGCCCUGCUGGUUUGAGUGGGCAUUGGAGUGGACGUUACCCAACUUGACCCCUCAAGCCUAAUCGGGGAGCUCUUCCAGCCAUGAUUCUUCCUGUUUCCCCGAGUCCUGGGGCCCUAUAUGGCAGCGGGACUAUGAGAGGACAGGGGGUUAGACAAAUGAGGUAAGGAAGAGUGGGGGAACCUGUUAAAAGAGAGAGAGAGAGAGAAAGAAAGAGAAUGGAGAGGAGAGAGCAGAGCAUCUCUGCUGGGGAGCUGGAAUGGACCCUGACCCCAGAGCCCGCCUCUCCUGCCAGCCCUGGGGGGUCGGAGGCCGAGCAGAGCUGGGAGGGAGGCGGAGGAGAGGAGGAGGACGAGUUCCAGAGCCAGAUGGAUGAGCGGGGGAUCAUCGGCCUGGUGGAGACCCAGGGCGAAGAGCUGAUGUUGGGGUUGGGAGAGGAGCUGGGUCCAGACGAGGAUGGCUUUGGCUCACCCCCCUACUUUGAGAGGGGAUCCCAGGGAGAAGGGCAAGAGUGGGGUCUGGCUGAAGAAGAGGAGCAGGGUUUUGGAGAGGAAGAGGAGUGGGAUGAUGAAGAGGAUGAGGAGCAGGAACAGAGCGGCGUUUGGAAUACGGGGACACCCGAACCACACGAGGGUGUCCCCAUGACUCUGCAGGAUCUGAGCUUUAAUCUGAGCGAGCUCCUCGACUCUGACCCUGCUGGAGAGGACACAAGCACUCCCUCUCAGCGUGAGUUAAUUGAGGAUCAUUCUCUGGGGGGGCAGGACAGUGUGACUUUGCAGGAGGGCUGGACUGAGGAUGAGAGAUGGCAUAGAGCGGGAGGUGGAGGUGAAGGUGACGUGAAUAGGGCGACUCAGAACCGGAACCGGAACAGGACUGUCUCACAGAGAAGCAGUCAGUUGGAAACGACUGAGGAUGAACUAGCUGAAUCUGAGUGGGAGGAGUUCCAGAAUGGCCCAGCCUCUCAGGUCAGAGCAAGGAACUCUGGGUCGAGACGAGCCCACUGUGACUCUGAACAUAGGACUGGAUCUAGCAGACCGGAAAGUUCUGAAGGAGAGAGCAUGAAGAUAGACCAGCUAGGUGAGCCAUCUGGUUAUCAUCUGACACCAACACCCUCCCCCAGGAGAGGUCCACUUGAUUUUCAGGAAAAUCCUCAGCCUUCCCGUUCAGUCUGCAAGUCUGAACUCAGGCAUGGACACAAGAACAACUUAGAACUAGAACCAGGUCUCAGUUCAUCACUUCUACCUAGAGAUCUUGCACUUCCAACAGACUCCUAUGAGGAAAUCAAACGUUCCAUUCAGGGAAGCCCGGAGUCUUCAGAUGCAACAUUUUCUAAGGCUGAACUCAGGGACUCACCAUCCAGAUCAUCUUCUAGCAGGUCAACUCAUCAUAAGAGCCGAAAGAACAGGUCUCCAAAGCCAGACCUUCAUGCUGGAGGGGAGACGGAGGGGCAUUACCCACAAGCCUUUGGGGACUUGAAAGGUCCACAGAAUGUUGUAAAUAACACAGCUGGUUUCACAAGGCACUCUACUUUCCACACCCCACCUCCUUCACCUCACCCUGUUCCUCAUAAAGUUCCACAGAUCUCUCCUCCUUCCCACCUCCUGCACCUGUCCAUGGGGGAUCCUUUAGACUUCCCUGGGAUUCAGGAGGAGAAGUUUCCAGAAGCUUCCUGCACAGAGAGCCUCCCAGACUCUAGUGUGUGUCCUCCUCGACCAACUCCAUCUCCUCGAAGAAACCAGCAUUAUUCUCAGGAAAGCCCACAACCCUCAGCUCCUUCGCCCUCUAGGGCUGGACACAGGAGGUCACCUUCCAGGUCCUCUCCAGACAGGACUCAUCACAGUCAUCUUAGGAGCCCAAAGACCAGCAAGAUUGAGAGGAGGAGGGCCAGUGCUGCUGCUUUCAGCCCAAGCCCUGCUGCUAGCCACACAGAUGUUAGGCGAGGGAAGCUCAGCCACCCCUCCCCCGACUUCUCCAAAGUCCAGCCUCGGGUCCACUUCCCCAAGACGGGCUACAGACCCCCCAAGAGCAAGCAUGCCGCCCAGCAGGAGAACGCGCCUCCGGAGCCCCUGAUGGUGUUCAAGUCUCCGGCGGAGAUCGUCCGCGAGGUGCUCCUGAGCAGCAGCGAGGACCCGCAGGAGUCUCCGGGCCCCGACGAGGGCGGGCCCCACGGACCCCACGGGCCCCUCAACCGCACGGUGCCCGAGGGCUUCCGGGAUCCUCAGCAGGCCACCGCUCUGAUGCACCAGCUGCAGGAGGAUUACAAAAGACUGCUGACAAAAUAUGCUGCGGCAGAAAAUACUAUUGACAGACUGCGCUUGGAGGCCAAGGUUGGCCUGUACUCUGAUCCGCCCAAGUCAAGCCACUCCGUCCAAUCGGGGUCUGUGAGGGAGGGGUCAAAGGUCAUGACCCUCAGCUUUCCUCAGGCUCAGAGGGCUGAGCUGGAUGCACCUCAGCAGACUCUCCAAAGGUCAAACUCAGAUCAUGCAGCCGUGUCCCCAGUCCGGCCCUCCUCUGUGGACUCGGCCUCGUCCAGACAGAGGGGUCUGCGCGCCAUCGAGCAGCUCACCACAGCCCUGCUCUCUCAGGUCCAGAGGUUCCACCUGCAGCUUGACACAUUUGAAGAGCUGCUGAGAAGAGGUCAACUGAAAGCACAUGAGCAGAUGAAGGGCCUGUGUGAGCUGGCUCAGGGCCAGGAGGCUCUGGAGAGGGCGUACCUCGCCGCACGAGAGGAGCACAAGCUCCUACAGCAGACAGGAAGCAAGCUCACACCUUUUGACCCAAACAGGGACCUUGAGGGACAGAUCUUCCAGUCAGGGAUGCGAUUGGACGAGCUGAAGGAGUGGGUGGAGCAAACCCAGCAGUCCUCGCCCAUGUCCGAGCCUCGGCCCUCUCCACGCCCGAUCUCCCUGAGCCCGAGGGACAGCGACACGCUGCCACGCCCACAGGAUCCAGUGUGUCCUGUGGGUGUAGGAGAUCAGAUGACCAUCAGGGUGGAGGUGAGCUCAGUGAGCGGCGCGAGCGAGGGAGAAGUCGACAUGGAGGAAGAGGAGUAUGAGGACGAAGAGGAGGCCCUGCCCUCUCUCCUCCUCCGCCCCCUCCAACAGAAGCACCAGUGCGUGGAGCGGGACUUCAGCAAUCUGCUGGGCCAUUAUCAGAGUGUGAAGGAGCUGCCGCAGGUUCUGGACGUGGCAUCCGGCCCCAACUGGCACAGCACGCCCGACCCAGAUGCCCCUCCUCUCCCAGGGCAUGAUGGGAUGGAGGCGAGACCACGCUGGCCUAGUGACAGUGAGCCAGGCCAGAGCUGCCCACCUCAGCAGGGGUCCCUCCCUACUCUGGAGCCUUCCUCGGGGCCCGGUGGUGAGUCUCAGCGCAGCAGCCUGGCGGAGCUCCAUCUGGGGGGAGCCCCCCUGGAGCGCUGCUCCUCCUACCCUGGAGCUCAGGACCUCUCCAGCCCCAGCAGGGCCUCGGGGAGCAGGAGGUCGGGCAGCAGCAGCCUCUACAGCCUGGGCGACGGGAUGGCCACUGCCACCACACCACUGAACAAGAGAUCGUACAAGGCACAGGCUAGAAAUGCUAGAGCGCCCUCUCAGGAUGGUCUUCUGUCCCCGGAGACUGACAGUGGCUUUGUGGGCUCCGAGAGCCGCCUCACUCCUGCACUUCACAGUCCUCUCCAGCAGGGGGAGAAGGCGAGGACAACUCCGCUUGAGGAAACCGAGGAGACUGAGAGUCCCGUGACGGUCACUGACUCAGGGCGACCUCCCUCCCGUCAGCCCCAGCUGAGGCCUCCCUCUCUGGCUCGCGCCUCCCGGGGGAGCGCAGGCUCGACCAGGUCAGCUGGAAGAGCCGCCACACCUCCUCAGAGGAGGGCAGGAGGAGGUGGAGGGGGAGGAGGAGGAGGAGGAGAGAGGAGGCACUGCUCCCCCCAGUGCUGGACGAGGGAGCCACUACAGGCCUGGACCAGCAGCGGGGGCAGUGAGACCCACUCCCUGUCAGGACAGGAGGAGAAGGAACAGAACAGCCCGUACUCCCGCCGAGCGACCAACCAGCCGCCGGCACAACGGCGAAACUCCUCCCUGUCUGCGCCCUAUCGCCAUGGCGACCACCUCAAAGCCCAAAGUUCUGUCCAGCUGACCAAUCAGUGUGAGGCCCUCCAGUCCUUGCAGGUGGAGGUGAACAGACUGAAGGAGUGUUUGGAGGGGACUCUGUGUGUGCCCCUCUCCCCCAGCUCUGAGCCAGCCUCUCCGCACAGUCCACCUGCACACAGCACACCUUACAGGCCAUCUAAGCGGAACAGCAGAAGAGCGGAGGAUGGAGAGAGCAGCAGAAUGACUGAAGAGGAGGAGGAGGAGGAGGAGGAGGAGGAAGAAGUGGUGGUGGAGAGGAGGACCCAGAGGCCCCGAUCAAUGUCUGUGCCCCGCCCUCGGCUAGAGAGCCAGCGCCUUGGGCCAUCUGUUGUGCCCGAAGACGUUGUUGAUGCCAACCAGCGGAGGAAUCUGGGCACUGGGCACUACCACGGCUGUGCCUCAAAGCACCGUGCCAGUCCGGGCACAGCUCAGCCAGGUCCGGGGAGGAGCGGCAGUGGGAAGCGUCUCAGUCGCUCGGCCUCCCGUUGCCGACCGCAACGCACAUCCUCAGAGACCAGACGAAGCACCGCUGUUCAGACCGGUCAGUCAGAGUCCACACACAGACACUAUACAGGAGCCUUCAGCCGUCAUUUUGAGUGGACAAAACGUUAA